CUGAACAAGCCGAGGUCGUGCGCGAUGGGGAGGAAGCUUCCCCCUUUCACCCCCGCUGGGACGUCGACAGAGACAGCUGGGAGAAGAAGUAGGAAGCGCAAAGCUCCCUCCUUUCCCCCGCUCUCCGCCUGCAAGCACCGGCGGACCCCCGAGGUAAGCGGCUGGGCUUCCCUCCCCACCGACCUCAUUCAUCUCGUCACCACCCGCCUGCUGGCCGUCGACGUGGUGGACUACAUCGCCUUCCGCGCCGUGUGCUCCGGCUGGCGCGCCUCCACGCACGACGCGCGCGACCCCACUCUGCGGGAACUGCAACUCCGGCCACGCGGAUGGAUCGCUCUAUGCGAUGGCGACGCUGUCCGGCCGGACGACGCCUGCGAGAUCACCUUCUUCCACACGCGUACCAGCAGGCGCCUCCGUGUCCACCUACCGGAGCUCCAGCGCCACAGGAUCGUAGGCUUCACAGACGGACUCGUCGUCCUUCUCCACAAGCGCACCACCGCCAUCCGGGUGCUCCAUCCCUUCACGCGAGUCGUGGUCGACUUCCCGUCCCUCGUCCCCGUCUUCCACGAGGUGCUGUUCAAGAACCGGAGGUCUGUGCUCGACAUGAAUGCUGCGGUCUGCAGCGCAUCCGCCACCUCCAUUGCCGUUGUGGCCUGGUUCCCAUGGUCGUCCGUGCUGCUCGGCGCCGAGGCUGGCCGUUCAAGCUGGGAGGUCCUCUACCAAGGAUAUAGCCUUAGGAGCAUCUUGCCCUUUCAAGGAAGGCUUUACGCCAUCAAGGGAUCGUCAAGAGAGAUCAUGCAGCUUUACCCGAGAACACCCCAUCCUGUGAUUGCUUAUCUUCCGGUUUAUUUGUGCGAUCCGAGGUUAUGCGGUUACUUCAUUGUUGAGUCCGGUGGGCGUGUACUGCUUGUUGUCCGCCAUUUAAUCGCACCGUCCCCUGGCAUGGAGCCAUGGCAACAAAUCACUUUUAAUCUGUAUACACUGGACAUCGACCGCCGUAAGCUGAUCCCAGUGAGCUGCCUCGGCAAAAACGCGUUGUUCCUGCACAAUGAUCGGUGCCUGUCUGUUUCAGCAAGGGACCUCCCUUCUGUGAGCAGCAACUCCAUUUACUUCUCCAUAUGCCGUGACCCCGUCAUGGUGUACUCGUUAAGGACUGGUUUCUCCGAGCGGCUAGCAGUGUCCUGCCUAAUACAUGACAUGAAUGUUAGGAUCCGCCCCUCGGUGCGCCCCUUCACCAUUAUUGAUCAUCUUCUCACCUACUGCCAUCCUUAUGAAUGGACAAAAGGACUCAUGUUUCAUGAGUACCAUUACAUACCUGAAUCAUUCGAGGAGCUGAAGAAGAACAUCAAGGUUAAAGAUUCACAAGUGUCGAUUUCACGCAUGUCGGCGUGUCGAUCUGAAGGAAGAAACAGGCUCGCUGCAGCUCACAGUACACAGUGAAUAAUAAAGGUAUAAAUGAUGCCAAUAAACACAGAUGCA